AUGCGCGCGAUUCCAGUCUCCACGGAAGCUUUCCUAUUCCCUCAACCAUCACCCUCUUCCAUUUCCUCCACCCUUUUAUUCUCUCAUUCUUUUCAUUUCAACAAAACCCUUUCCACCACACCACGCUCCUUCACCUCCAAAACUAAAACCACUCCUUUCUUCUCUCCAGCUUCCAAAUCCAACAACCUCGAUGAUGACGACAACGACUCUGGGAAUUUGUUGGCCACAGAGGAUAACGAAAUUCAAGAACCAGACUCGUUGGUUGAGGAUGGGGUUUUCAUAGAGGUGACCAAGCUUGAGAAGAAUUCACGCAGAAUCGAGUCUAGGAUUUCAAUCGACGCUACACUUGACUCCGUUUGGGAUAUUUUGACUGAUUAUGAGAGGCUGCCGGAUUUUAUUCCUGGCCUUGCUCUUAGUAAAUUGAUACAAAAAGCUCCCUCUUUUGCUCGACUUUUGCAGAUUGGAGAGCAGAACUUGGCAUUUGGGCUAAAAUUUGAUGCCAAAGGUGUUAUAGAUUGUUACGAGAAAGAAUUGGAGACUCUUCCAUCCGGUAUCAAGCGUGACAUAGACUUCAAGAUGAUUGAAGGGGAUUUUCAACUCUUUGAAGGAAAAUGGUCUAUUUCACAGCUGUUCAGCAGUGGAAGUGACGAGUCUCCAGUACGAGAGAUUAGCACAACACUUUCGUACAUUGUUGAUGUUAAGCCGAAGAUGUGGUUGCCCGUUGGGCUCAUAGAGGGUAGACUUUGUAAAGAGAUAAAAAAGAACCUUAUAUCCAUAAGGGGCGAAGCUCAGAAAGCUAUUGACAGAACCGUGGAUGUAAAUCAAUUCGGAUGA